AUGGCAUCUGGUAAGGUCCGUUCUUUACCUCAUCUGGAACCAGGUGAGGUAUCUUUAGUAGAGCUCGUUGCCGAUGAUUCCCGGGAUACUGUAACUUUCUCCGACAAGGAGGCAAGAAUUUUACAGCUUUAUCAUCAGAUCCAGGAACAACAACUAGAAAAGGCGUUACUUGAACAAGAUCUUCAAUUGCUCUCUGGCGACAAUGCUGAGGAGCAGUUGGCCAUUGCAGAACGAGAGCUCCUCGAAGCCAGAGCCAUGUACACCGUGAAGAAGAAAGCUAUCGCAGCAGUCCUCAUGACUGAUCCUACUAUUAAAGCGGUUCAUCUGAAGGCGACAUCUCCACCUGAACUAUCUCUUCUUCGACUCGUCAAUCGUCGUGAUGUGCUCUCUCUGGCACAUGAGAAUCUUAAUGCAGCACAUAAUACGACGCUUAAGAAGCUGUCUAGCCUAGAGGUGGACAACCUACAGCUCCAUCGAAAAAACAAAGAGUUAGUCCGUGAAUUACUAGAGCUUACCAAGGACGAUGCGUCGUGGAAAGAGCAUCUCGACGAUGCAGAACUCGAGGCGCAAUUAGAACAAGUGAAGGAAAAUCAUAGGAAAAGCAAAGCCAAAUGGGAUAUUAUGAAAAAUAUAGCGAGCGCCGUUGUUGUUGGGAGUGGGGUUAAAUGGGCUGAUGAUGAGGCCCUUACUGCCCUCGUGCUGGAUGAAUCCGAUGAUUGA